UCCUGUUGUCGGCAGUGACAACAGAAGAAGCAGUAGCCAGAAGCUUAUCGAAAAAUUUUUCCCUGACCAGCUCGAUCUUAGUUAGAGACUGACAAGGGAAGGUGGUAAAAAUGGAUGGAGAAGAAAAAACCUAUGGUGGAUGUGAAGGGCCAGAUGCCAUGUAUGUGAAAUUGAUCUCCUCUGAUGGCCAUGAGUUUAUCGUGAAGAGAGAACAUGCUCUGACGUCUGGAACAAUCAAAGCUAUGCUUAGUGGACCUGGCCAGUUUGCUGAGAAUGAAACAAAUGAGGUCAACUUUCGAGAGAUCCCAUCUCACGUUCUUUCUAAAGUGUGCAUGUACUUUACAUAUAAAGUCCGCUAUACUAAUAGUUCAACAGAGAUCCCAGAAUUUCCUAUUGCCCCAGAGAUAGCGCUGGAGCUUCUGAUGGCUGCAAACUUCUUAGAUUGUUAAACAUAAAAAAGAAACACUCAUAUACACGUCUGGAUGCAGAAUAAAUAUGAAAAGCAAAAUAUCAUUGGUUUAUUUUAUUGCUUUAAUACAUUUAGGUUUGCAAACAGAGAUCUGGUGUGCUGAAUUAGAAGUAUAACUGUGUUUGGUCAUUUGUUAUAUUAACCUGUAAUACCCCGCCCCCC